AUGAAUUUGACAGCUGAUUAUCCAAUAUCUAACUUGGAUAAUGAAAACUAUACAAACUUUUAUGGAAGUAAUAAUUCACAUUGGUAUUAUCCAUUUUAUGAAUAUUCAUUGAAUAAUUCAUCAUCAUCAUUAUUAUUAUCAUCAUCUAACAAUCCAUCAUCAUUAGUAUCUUCAACUGGUGUAUGUUUACCAUUUCAUGUUUACAUUGAUUCAUAUUAUACACAAACGAAUACAAAUGACUAUGAUAUGAAUGGAUUACAAUAUAAUCUACAUAGUGGUAGUGAUUCAUCAAUACGUUCCCUUGAUGAUACAUCAUUGUUAUUGCAUCCAUGUCAUAGUAAUAAUACUAAUAAUGAAUCUAUUUCUAUAGAAUAUGGAACUGAUUAUAAUGUAUUAUUACCAGCUACUAUUAGUAAUAAUCAUUUAAUACCAACAUCUUUAUCGUUAUCAUCCACACCCAUAUCAUUGUCAUCAUCAUCAUCUUCUUCUUCUUCUUCUGAAGCUAUUGAUACUGUAACCACUACAGCAAGUACAUCAUCGAUUAUAACUAACACUAAAAUCAAUGAUUCUACACCAACAUCAUCAUCAUCAUCAUCGAUGUCCACCUGUUGGUCUGAUACUUCAACUAAUGGAGAAUUAAUAAUUUUCUCAAAUAAUAAUAAUAAUUUAUUUAAUGAAUUUUCAUUAAGUAAUAAUAAUACUGUUAAUACAAAUAUUUAUAAUGUAGAAUAUAAUAAAUUAAAUAUAACAAAUAUACAAAAUAAUGAUAAAUCUUUAUCCAAUUUCUCUUUUCAGUUUAAUAAAAAUUGUGAACAAAGAAAAACUUUAUUAAAUCCUAUAGAUAAUUCAUUUGAACAAUUAAAUAAUUGCCUAUUUGAAUAUCAACAGUAUAAUUGUUUUACUAAACAGGAACAUAAUAAUACUAAUAAUACUAAUACUACUACUGCCAAUAAUAAUAGUGAUAAUAAUAAUACAUAUCAUCACCAGUCAUCAUCGUCGUCAUCCUCCUCAUCAUCAUCAUCUUCAUCAUUAUGUUCUGAAUUAUUAAAAUCUCCUUUAACUAAUUCAAUAAUUACAUAUUCAUUCCCUAUUAAAUGUUCAUCUUCAAAUGAAUUAAAUGAACAACAAAAUUCUAUUUAUUGUUUGAAUAAUACACAAGAAAUAACAGAUUCAUCUAUUAAAAAACGGAAUCCAUUCGAUAUUAUAAAUAAAAAGUAUCAUUUAUCCUCCACAAUGGAAUUAACUAAUCACACUAAUCACUAUGAUAAUAAUAAUAAUAAUAGAUUAAUACAAGAAAAUGAUUAUGUAAUCAAUAAAAAUCAUCUAAAUAAUCAAUCGAUAGAUUAUCAUUUUAAUGAAAUGAAUAUUGUAAAAAAGGAACAAUCUUAUUAUUAUAAAACAUAUUCACCUUCAUUGAUAACAUCAACAAAUGAUUUAAAUUCAAAAACAAUAUUUCCAUCAGAAAUAAAUACAUUAUCAGCAAAGUCAUUUGGAAAAAGUAUGAUAGAUAUAUCAAAAAUAGAUGAUAAAAUAAAAAUGGAGAAAUUAUGUUUUGAUUAUACUAAAGAUGGUCCAUUUUGGACAGAUAUUCAUGAAGAACUAGAACAACAACAACAACAAAAUAAUCAUCAGUUAUCGUCAGCUUCAUCAUCUUGUACUUUAACAUCAAGAGAAACGAUAGGUAACUUAAAUUAUUACAAUUCUCAUAAUCAAAAUUGUGAUACAUAUAUUGAGAAAGAAAUCAAUAGUCAUUUAUUACUUAAUACACAAGAUAUUUGCAAUAGUAAAAAGAUGAAUAAAUUAGAUAAUAACAUAUCAUCAAUGUCUGGAGUUACACUUUCAAAAACAACAACUAUGUCAACAACAAUGACAACAGUAAUAGCGACGACGACGACGACAAUAACAACUACAGGUAUGAAGUCUAUACAACCGUAUAAAUGGUUACAGAUAAAACGACAACAGCCACGUCAAAAUAUAACAAAUAACAACACAUUUACAACCAAAUCAAAUACAUUAAAAAAAUCUAAUUCAACAAAAUCUACUGUUUCAUCGAAUCCAAAUAAUUUCUUACUCGUUAAUAAUCCAAAAUUUCAAGAUAAUCCUGAAAUCAAUAAAAUCAGUUCUAUACCAUCUCAUGAGACACAUUCAUCUGUAUGGAUGCCUGAAUUACCAGAUCAUAUGAAAUCUAAUCAAAGAACAUUUAACGCUAAUAUAAAUUAUGAUUCACUGUCGUGUACAACUAUGAAUGAUUCUAUUAAUAAUUCACAUCGAAAUGAAACUACACUAAAUUAUAACAAUGAAUGUUCUAUUGAUUGUACAGAGUUCAAUAAUCAAUCAAAAUACGACAUAAUUAACAAUAAUAAUUCACUAAGUGGACGUACAAAUUUUACAACUAGACAAUUAACUGAAUUAGAAAAAGAAUUUCAUUUUAAUCGUUAUCUAUCACGUGCAAGACGUAUUGAAAUUGCAGCUGAUUUAAGUUUAACAGAAACUCAAGUGAAAAUUUGGUUUCAAAAUCGUCGAAUGAAACAAAAGAAACGUAUAAGAGAUAAAAUUUUAGGUAGUACUUAUCAUGAAAUAGAUGAGAUUACAACAUCAAUAACAACUAGUCCCCCGUUAUGUAUCUCUAAUAAUUUAAAUAAUAAAAUUAAUCAAUCUUGGAAUUUAAUCAGUUCACAAACAUUUAAUAAUCGAUUAUCUAUGGAAGAAAACAAACAAUUAAGUCAUAUCAAUGAUAAUAUCAUUACUCCUGUUAAUAAUGAUAAUAAUAACCAUAAUAUUUAUUACCAUAACAAACAUUUUAUGGAUUAUAACAUUCAAGAUUUACGUAAUCAUUUAAUAUUUCAUCCCUCUACAGCUUAUACUACUACUACUACUACUACUACUGUUGCUUCCAAUAGGAUCACUACUACUAUUACUACCAAUACUAAUACUACUAACAAUAGAAGUAAUUCCAUGAAUAUCUAA